UCUGCAAACCUGGAACAAUGACAACAGAAGAAAGGAUAACUAUAGAGCUUGCAACUCUUGGUCGACCAUUCCAACUUGGAAUGCUGUAUGACUGUCGCAAUGACUCCCUCAUCCCAGGUAUGACAUUGUGGGACAUGGACACACUUAAAAAAGAUGUUGACCUGCGAUCUCAACACAACACAGAGUUCCAGAUCAUUGCCUCUGAUUCCAUCGAGGAUAAAUCAUCUGCUCUGAAUAUAGAAGCAUCGCUGAAAGCAAGUUUCUUAGGAGGUUUAGUGGAGGUGAAACGAUCUGCCAAAUACCUUAAAGACACAAAGAGCUCUAAACACCUCUCAAGUUCCUGGGUGCCCAGGGGCCCAUUUAUCCUCCCAGUUCUCUCCGAGCUGUCAGAGUCCAAAUCCGCAUCCAGUAAGGACUGA